ACAAUAGUGUUGUCGAUAUUAUUCGCUCGGAACAACGUGCAUAAAGUAAUUUAUUACACUUAGAUACAAACUUAAUAAAAAUUGUUCAAAGUUUCAUUGAUUUGAAUUUUUGUUUUUAAAUUUUUUUCGGUGUAGCGGCGAGCCUGAGUGCGGUAACCACAGAGUACUUUGUAAAUACAGGAAAAUCGUAGGUAAUUAUUUAGUUAUUUACUUUAGGUAGGUAGGUACCUUGAUUUGCCUUGAACUUAUCAUUUCGUUUUAGGUUAUCCUAAGUAUAACAAUUGUAAAAAUGGCCUUUUCUCCCAACUUGGCAAUAAGACGGUUAUAUUCAGAUGUUUCAAAAAAAGUACGCUCCCAAAAGUAUGUCCUCACCAAAUAUUUUCAAGGAGAACCCAAAAAAAGCGAUUUCAAAAUAGUUGAAGAAGAACUUCCCGAAUUAAAGGAUGGCGAAAUUUUAACUGAAGCUGAGUACCUUAGUGUGGAUCCAUAUAUGAGAGCCUAUAUGAUAGCAUACAAAUUACCUACAGAUAUGAUAGGUGGACAAGUUGCAAAAGUAAUCGAAAGCAAAAAUAAGAACAUUCCAGUAGGAACGUAUGUGUGUGGUUCUUUUGGCUGGCGCACGCAUACAAUAACAAGUGGUCAAGUUAAUAACACUUUUGACUUGCCUAUAACCGUCCUGCCUGACUUAAGUCCAUAUCCUGUUUCUUUAGCGCUUGGUCUACUUGGUAUGCCAGGAAAUACUGCAUACUUUGGCUUGAAAGAGAUAUGUCAACCAAAGCAAGGAGAGACUAUUGUAAUAACAGGUGCAGCUGGCGCCGUUGGCUCUCACGUUGGUCAAAUUGGUAAAAUUUUAGGUUGUCGAGUAGUAGGAUUUGCUGGUACUGAUGCGAAAUGCGAAUAUUUAGAAAAGGAACUAGGUUUCGAUCGUGCUUUUAACUACAAAACGUGUAAUAUUAGAGCUGCCCUCAAAGAUGGUGCUCCGAACCGAGUCGAUUGUUAUUUCGACAAUGUGGGAGGCGAGAUCAGUUCAACAAUAAUGUCUUACAUGAAUAAAUAUGGAAGAAUCGCUGUUUGUGGCUCUAUAUCAUCUUACAAUGAUACGACACCUCCUAAAGUUACGAUUGUGCAGCCGGCAAUAGUUUUCAAGGAACUUAAAAUGGAAGGGUUUGUAGUAAACCGAUGGACUGAUCGCUGGCAAGAGGGGAUCGAUAUGAAUUUGAAAUGGUUAAAAGAAGGGAAACUAAAGUAUCAUGAAAAAGUUUACCACGGUUUUGACAAUAUGGUCGAUGCGUUGGUAGGGAUUUUGAGAGGGGAGAAUACUGGAAAGGCAGUGGUUAAAGUUAAAUAAAGCUAUUUUUCGUGUACAAAUA